GGAUUUGGGAUUUCGUCAGGGUUUCGUCUAUCGUCUUUCUCCACCCUUAGGUUUCGCUUUUCGUCACUACGCAAAAAAGACUUCGCCUAAUACUUAUAGUCCUCAAACAAAAAAAGUUCUUAAAAGUUUAAGUAUUUUAAGUGCAGGAUUUGGUACAAUAUUUACUAUUUACUUGGGAAGACCAUUUACAAGUGAUCGAGAAGAUCAGUAUAAAGAUUUAAGUGCCUUUAAAGCAUGGUAUAUGCGGCUGCAGGCACGCAUAAAUGAUAUAGCGCAUUUUUUUACAGAACCUUUAUCAGAUAAAUUGUUACCAGAUAGAGACACAAUACCAAAUCUUCCUCCAUUAACGCUAGUAAUCAAUUUAGAUCAAACACUUAUUUAUUCUUCAUGGGAUAGAAAACACGGAUGGAGAACGGCAAAACGGCCGGGCGUUGAUUAUUUUUUAUAUGAAGCUUCACAACUUUUUGAAGUUGUCAUAUUCACCUCCCAGCCUUCUUAUCUUGAUCCACUUGGCAUGGUUCCAUUUAGACUUUUUAGAGAAUCCACACGAUAUGUAGACGGGAAGGUUAUAAAGGACAUUUCCAAAUUAAACCGAGAUAUAUCUAAAAUAAUAGUUAUGGAUUCUAACCCUGAUGCUUAUUCUUUACAACCUGAAAAUGUGAUCGCUGUUCCGCCAUGGAAAGGGGAUCCUAAUGAUACUUAUCUAGUUGAUAUCAUUCCAUUUCUUGAAGGCAUUGGUUUAUUGUUAUCUGAUGUUCAAGAUAUUCGUCCAGUGGUAGAAGAAUUUAAAGGAAAAAACGUUCCAGAAUUUUAUCUGGAAUGGGAAGAACAAUGGAAAAAGAAACAUCAAAUGGAAUGGGAAAAGGCUAAACCAAAAAAAGAGGGUUUGGCGAGAUUUGUAUCUUUGAUUGGUGGUAGUCAAGUGCAGGAACAAAUUAUGCCACAAUAUCAACAAGCCUUACUUCAUCGCCAGAUGGUUCAUAAUGAGUUAAUAGAACAUUAUAAGUCUGUGAAAGAUAGAGGACCUGAAUUACAGCGUGCGAUAGAUGAUUACGAGAAAAAGUUUCAGGAAAGCAUGAAAAUGGAAUUGGAAUUAAUAAAAAUGAUU